UUCCCAGGGUCCGGGACCAAGAGGAGGAGGAGGAGGAGGAGGAGGCGCCAAAGCCGCCUUGGCGAAGCCUGGCUCUCUUGCGCCGCGCAGCCUGGGGCCCUCCAUGGAGCUAUAGGGCGGGCGGUCGACGGGCGGACGGAGCCCCAUCAGCCGAAGGAGCCCAGGGGAGAGCCACCCGGGCGGGGCUCUUGUGGGCAUGGGCCGGGCGGGGGCCCCUUGGCUGGGCCUGGCGCUGCUGCUGGGCGUCUGCGCGCGGGUGGCCCUCGCGGCAGGUGUACAAUGCUUGGAUGGUGAGAAACCCUGUGAAAACGGUGGGAGUUGUGUUGUCUACUCCAACGGGAUUGCUGCCUGCAUAUGCCAGGCUGGGCUGAUUGGAGAACACUGCCAGUUUCAAGACCCUUGCCACCAAUCUCCUUGUGCCAAUGGAGGCUCAUGUGAGAGCACCCUGCGUGAUGGCACUGUCCACUAUCAGUGCACCUGUCUUAAGGGCUUCAGAGGUCAAGACUGUUCCCUGUUUGAUGCUUGUUCCAGCAGCCCUUGUCUUAAUGGUGGCCGCUGCACCAACUGGAAUGGCCGCUACAACUGUACAUGCCCAUCAGGCUAUCAAGGCCGCAACUGCCGGGGCGAUGUGGAUGAAUGCCGGGUGCUUGGUCUUUGCCAGCAUGGUGGUACCUGCCUCAAUACACCUGGUUCUUUCCGCUGCCAGUGCCAAGCUGGCUACACAGGACAGCACUGUGAGAGCAUUUCCACACCUUGUGCCCCCUCUCAGUGUCUCAACGGAGGCACUUGUCGCCAGACAGGAGAACUCAGCUAUGAGUGUGCUUGCCUACCUGGCUUCGAGGGACACAACUGUGAGAUUAAUAUAGAUGACUGUCCAGAGCACAUGUGCAUGAAUGGAGGCACUUGCGUAGAUGGCGUCAACACCUACAAUUGCCAAUGCCCUCCUGAGUGGACAGGUCAGUUUUGCACUGAGGAUGUGGAUGAAUGCCAGCUGCAACCCAAUGCCUGCCACAAUGGGGGCACUUGCUUCAACACCAAUGGGGGGCAUACAUGCGUCUGUGUUAAUGGCUGGACUGGGGAGAGCUGCAGUGAGAAUAUUGAUGACUGCCAGACUGCUGUCUGCUUCCAUGGUGCUACCUGUCAUGACCGCGUGGCUUCCUUCUAUUGCGCAUGCCCUAUGGGAAAGACAGGACUCCUCUGUCACUUGGAUGAUGCCUGUGUCAGUAACCCUUGCCAUGAGGAUGCCAUUUGUGAUACCAAUCCCAUGAAUGGCCGUGCCAUCUGUACCUGCCCUCCUGGCUUUACUGGAGGGGCCUGUGAUCAGGAUGUGGAUGAAUGUUCCAUUGGAGCCAAUCCAUGCGAACACUUUGGGAAAUGUGUCAAUACUCAAGGCUCUUUCCAGUGCCAGUGUGGACGUGGAUACACAGGUCCACGCUGUGAGACAGACAUCAAUGAAUGCUUAUCCAUGCCUUGCCAGAAUGAUGCUACCUGCCUUGACCGCAUUGGCGAGUUUACCUGCAUCUGCAUGUCAGGUUUCAGUGGUACUUACUGUGAGAUCAACAUCAAUGAGUGUGAGAGUAAUCCCUGUGUCAACGGUGGUGUCUGCAAGGAUAUUGUCAAUGGAUUCAGCUGUACAUGUCCCUCAGGCUUCUCAGGCUCCAUGUGUCAGAUUGACAUUGAUGAGUGUGCCAGCACCCCCUGCCAGAAUGGUGCCAAGUGUGUGGACCGCCCCAAUGCCUAUGAGUGCCGCUGUACAGAAGGUUUUGAGGGGACUCUGUGUGAGAAGAACAUUGAUGACUGUUUACCAGAUCCAUGCCAUCAUGGUGAUUGUGUGGAUGGCAUUGCUAGCUUCACUUGCACUUGUGUCGCUGGCUAUACUGGAUACCGUUGUGAGAACCAGAUCAAUGAGUGCCACAGCAAUCCCUGCCAGCAUGGUGGCAAGUGCAUUGACCUGGUCAACAAGUACCUGUGCCACUGCCAACCAGGAACCUCAGGUGCCAACUGUGAGAUAAACUUUGAUGACUGUGCCAGCAACCCCUGUGAUUAUGGCAUCUGCCGAGAUGGCAUCAAUCGUUAUGACUGCAUCUGCAAACCUGGCUUUACAGGUCCUCUGUGCAAUGUAGAGAUCAAUGAAUGUGCAUCCAACCCCUGCAAGAAUGGUGGAACCUGUUUGGAUGGUGAAGAUGGUUUCUCUUGCCUUUGCCCUGAGGGUUUCCAUGAUCCACAUUGCUAUUCGGAGGUGGACGAGUGCAGCAGCAGUCCCUGUGUGCAUGGCGCAUGCCGUGAUGAUAUCAACGGUUACCGGUGUGAAUGUGAGCCGGGCUGGGCUGGCACCAACUGUGAUGUGAACCGCAAUGAAUGCGAAUCCAAUCCAUGCCAACAUGGGGGCACCUGCACAGACUAUGUCAAUGGCUACCGCUGCAAAUGCAAAGAAGGCUUCCAGGGAACCUACUGCCAGACCAAUGUAAAUGACUGCGCCUCCAGCCCCUGCCUCAACAAGGGUACCUGCAUUGAUGGGAUUGCUAGCUAUGAAUGCCUCUGUGACUUGCCUUACACUGGCCGUAACUGUGAGACUGUGUUGGCCCCCUGCUCUUCCAAUCCAUGUGAGAACAAUGGUGUCUGCGAUCACACACCAGACUAUGAGGGGUUUACCUGUGGCUGUGCACCAGGCUGGCAAGGACAGCAAUGCCACAUUGACAUUAAUGAGUGUGAUCAGAACCCAUGUCGAAACAGGGGUACCUGCACCAACACACUUGGCAGCUACCGAUGUGCCUGCCGCCCUGGCUACACCGGCACCAACUGUGAGCUGGAUAUUGAUGACUGCACACCUAAUCCUUGCCUGAACGGUGGCUCCUGCCAGGAUGGUAUCAGUUCUUUUACAUGUACCUGCCUGGCUGGCUUCACAGGAGUACGCUGUGCAACCGAGACCAAUGAAUGCUUUAGCAAUCCAUGCCGCAAUGGGGCCACCUGCACAGACUACGUCAACAGUUACACUUGCUCUUGUGCACCAGGAUGGACUGGUCUUCACUGUGAGCAUAAUGUACAGGAAUGCACAGAUAGCUCCUGCUUCAAUGGUGGAACCUGCCUGGAUGGAGUGAAUUCAUAUACGUGUCACUGUCGAGCUGGCUUCACAGGCUCCCACUGCCAGCAUGAGAUUAAUGAGUGCCAGUCACAGCCCUGCCUCAAUGGCGGUGUGUGUCAGGAUGGUGUGCAGUCCUAUCGCUGUACCUGCCCACAGGGUUACACAGGGGCUCAAUGCCAGACCCUGCUGGAUUUGUGCAGUCGCUCUCCAUGUCAGAACGGUGGCCGCUGUGUGCAGACAGGGACUACUGUAUCUUGUGAUUGUCCUGGAGGCUGGACUGGUCGUUACUGUGACAUACCCAAUGUUUCCUGUGAAGUUGUGGCCAGGAACAGAGGUGUAACCAAGGAGCAAGUGUGUCAUUAUGGUGGCCGUUGUGUGGAUGCUGGAAAUACCCACUACUGCAUUUGCAAGAAAAGCUACACAGGCAGUUACUGUGAAAGUGAAGUCAACCACUGCCAGCACAGCCUGUGCCGAAAUGGGGGCACUUGUCGCAGUUUUGUGGGAGGCUACAUCUGUGAGUGUCCGCUAGGCUUUGAAGGGAAGAACUGUGAAUAUAACAUUGAUGAGUGUCAGUCACAUCCUUGUCAGAACGGAGGGACUUGCAUUGACCUUGUGGGUCACUACAUUUGUUCCUGUCCACCAGGAACUCUGGGUGUCUUGUGUGAAAUCAAUGAGGACGAUUGUGCUAUGAAUCCUGGCAGUCGCAUCCCCAAGUGCCUCAAUAAUGGGACCUGUGUGGACAGAGUGGGUGGCUACCGAUGCAGCUGCCCACCAGGCUUUACGGGUGAGCGUUGUGAGGGGGACAUAAAUGAGUGCCAGUCCAACCACUGCCACCCACGCAACACACUGGACUGCGUUCAGGAAGCCAGUGACUACCACUGUAUUUGCAAGCCCGGCUAUACUGGCCGACACUGCAAGAAUAUUGUGAAUGCCUGUGAGUCUCAGCUUUGCCAAAAUGGUGGACAGUGCAAGCUGGCAGUAAACCUGCCUCUAGGAUAUACCUGCCACUGCCCCCGGGGCUACUCGGGCUUAAACUGUGAGCGCAGUGUCCUGUCCUGCCGGGAACUCCUCUGCUUAAACGGUGGCACCUGCCGGACCUCAGUCCUGGGUGCUCGCUGCUACUGCCCUCCCGGGUGGGCUGGACCUGACUGCCGCUUGCGUGCCAAUAGUAGCUGUGCAAACCUGCCCUGUCACAAUGGGGGUGCCUGCCAUGAGAUUUCUACUCCUCCUUAUUUCCAGUGCCUUUGUCUCGGGGACUUCUCAGGCCCACGCUGCCAGACUCCACGGUACAUGCGUCCCCCUCCGGCCCCCGAAGUCCGUUGUCCACUGGAAGAGUGUGCUGCCAAGGCUGGAGACUCCUACUGUGACAAGAUGUGUAACACCCCAAUCUGUCACUGGGAUGGGGGUGACUGUUCCCUGUUGGUGGAUGACCCUUGGAAGCAAUGCGAGAACCCACAGUGUUGGGAGUACUUCAACAACAGCCAGUGUGAUGAGUUAUGCAACACUGUUGAGUGCCUUUAUGAUAACUUUGACUGCAAAAACCGAGAGCGUACCUGCAACCCUGUUUAUGAAAAAUAUUGUUCUGACCAUUUUGCUGAUGGACGCUGUGACCAGGGUUGUAACAAUGAAGAAUGUGGCUGGGAUGGUCUUGAUUGCGCCCGAGAGGUGCCUGAGCAUUUGGCCAAUGGCGUUCUGGUCAUCACAGUGCUGCUUCAUCCUGACGAAUUGAUCCGCACAAGCACUGUCUUCCUCCAGAAGCUGAGUGCCAUCUUGCGAACUUCACUGCGCUUCCGCCUUGAUGAAAAUGGCAAUUACAUGAUCAAGCCAUACUAUGGUUCUGGUGGUCGACAUCGCAGGGAACUGGGUCAGGAGAUCAUUGGGUCUGAGGUUACUCUGGAGAUUGAUAACCGUCUCUGCUAUCAAGCAUCAGACAAGUGCUUCCCUGAUGCCCAAAGUGCUGCUGACUACCUUGCUGCUCUGUCAGCUGUAGAGCGCCUUGAGUUCCCAUACCCCCUCAAGGCUGUAAAAGGUGUAAAGGUGGAAGUUCCGAUUGACCCACUCAAGCUGCUGCCAUUGCUUGUGGUAGCAGCCCUGAUCCUCCUAGUGAUUCUGGUGUUGGGCGUGCUGGUAGCACGACGCAAAAGAGAGCAUAGCACCCUCUGGUUUCCUGAAGGCUUCAGCUUGAAGAAGGAGAAUAGCAACAAGAACCGGCGUGAGCCUGUGGGCCAGGAUGCCCUUGGCAUGAAGAAUAUUGGCAAAGGGGAGAGCCUCAUACCAGACAGCUCAGAAGACUGGUUGGAAGCAGAAUGCCCAGAGGCCAAGAGACUAAAGUUACAGAACUGUGCUCUUUCCUGCCAGGUGGAGGAGCCAGCUAUAGACUGUGAAGACCCUGUGGACUGCCGCCAAUGGACACAGCACCAUUUGGUAGCAGCAGACAUCCGCAUGCCCCCUUCUAUGGCCCUUACGCCACCCCAGGGUGAAUUUGACACUGACUGUAUGGAUGUCAACGUUCGUGGACCAGAUGGUUUCACGCCACUUAUGCUGGCCUCCUUCUGUGGUGGAGGCAUGGAGACAGAUCUGGCUGAGGAAGAGGAGGCAGAUGAUUCUUCAGCCAACAUAAUCUCAGACCUAAUAUGCCAGGGGGCUAACCUAAGUGCCCAGACAGACCGCACUGGCGAGACUGCAUUGCACUUGGCUGCCAGAUAUGCCAGGGCUGAUGCUGCCAAACGUUUGCUGGAUGCUGGUGCAGACACCAAUGCACAGGACAACACAGGGCGAACACCACUUCAUGCCGCUGUGACUGCUGAUGCCCAGGGAGUCUUUCAGAUCCUAAUCCGAAAUCGAUCUACAGAUUUGGAUGCCCGAAUGGGGGAUGGCUCGACGGCACUGAUACUGGCAGCCAGGCUGGCUGUGGAGGGCAUGGUGGAGGAACUGAUUGCUUGUCAUGCUGAUGUCAACGCUGUGGAUGAGUUGGGUAAAUCAGCCCUGCAUUGGGCAGCAGCUGUCAACAAUGUAGAGGCCACAAUUGCACUGCUGAAGAAUGGUGCUAACAAGGACAUGCAAGAUAGCAAGGAGGAGACGCCCCUGUUUUUGGCAGCCCGGGAGGGCAGUUUUGAGGCAGCCAAAAUCCUGCUGGACCACUUCGCUAACCGUGAGAUCACAGACCAUAUGGAUCGGCUGCCGCGUGAUGUGGCUCAGGAGCGCCUGCACCACGACAUUGUCCGGCUUUUGGAUGACUACAACACUGUGCGCAGCCCACAAGGGGGGCUACCUGCUGGUCAUUCCCUUUCCCCACUCAUGUGCCCCCCUAACAGCUACUUACCCAGCCUCAAGCCCACUCCACAGGGCAAGAAGAGCCGACGGCCUAGUGCCAAGAAUGUGGCUGCAGGCAGCAGUGCCAGCCUGGCCCGGGAGAGCAAAGAGGCCAAAGCACGUGCCAAGAAGCUCAACCUGGAGUGCCAAGGUACUCUCCUGGAAAGUUCUGUCACCCUGUCUCCUGUUGACUCGCUGGACUCCCCCUAUGUGCCCAACCCUGCUUCGCCAGGGGUUUUUCAUGCAGCUAGUGCCUCGCUGUCAGUCCCCUCCACUCCCAUGGUCCAUGGCAUGAUGGAAGCCCCUUUUGCUGUCAGCUUAGCACGCCUCAGUGACCUAGGGGACGGUACCCUUCUCUCCAUGAACCGCCUCUCAGUGCCACCUGGCCGCAUGGGGCUCAGUCUGGGCAUGGUGAGCCCUGUGGCCAUGCCUUUUGAUUGGCAUGCCCGUGUCCCUACUUCCCAGUGCCAGCCAAUCAUAGGAGUUGUGCACCCGGCUGCCUCCCAUCCUAAUCUACACCAGCCUGGCCAAGCUUUCCCACCUGGGCUGCUUCUGCCUAACCACAUGGCCAUGGGUCACAGUUCACAGGGGCUGCCCAACCCAGCUCCGGCACAGACCAAGGAGGCGGCCCAACCCAUGCCCCCGCCAGCAACCACCAUGCGCGUCAACCAGCCGGUCUCACCCCAGGAGGGCCAGGGCCAAGGGGUGCCGCGUGCAGGGCCCCCGCAGUACUUAAAGUCAGCAGGAGUGGAGGAUUACCCAACACCUCCCUCUCAACACAGUUACACACAGGGUCAGGAUGCGACACCCAAGCACUUCCUCCACCCCACAAGUGAGCACCCUUACCUGACCCCCUCCCCAGAGUCCCCGGAGCAGUGGAAUAGUCCUUCUCCACACUCCUUGUCCGAUUGGUCUGAAUCCACACCCAGCCCCACUGUUUUGGGCCCAAGCCACACCCAGCUUCCUUCAGCAGAGCCAUCUACUAAAAUGCAGGUGUUUGCAUGAGGAGCUAAACUGUGUAAAAAUACAUAAAUCCCAGAGGCCUGUGUCCCACUGUGGCCCCCAUUGGGGCCUAUGCUUGCCACUGGGAUCCGGUUGUUUCCCCUAAUUGUGUUUUUAUAAGAAAAAACUCAAGUGUAAAAAAGUUUUUUAAAAAAACAUGCCUGAUCUGGGAGAGUUGAGGCAUGGCCUCCUCCUUCCUUCACUGCCACAGAGCCCAGGCUGGCCUAUGCCCUCCCUCGUUGCUGUGUCAACCUGAUUUCUGGGGAGGUUUUUUUAAAAAAACAUUGAUCCCUUUUUUUUUGUAUAAACCCAGCAUUUUACUCUAAAUGCUUUUAUUUUUACUGUGUAUUCAUUGUCAGUCCCUGUUGUGUCGCUCUUCUUCCUGUGGGCCUUCGGAUGUGAGGGAUGGAGAGGAAACUAGGCGCCCUCCCUCCCCCUCUGUGUGGCACUGUUUGUCGGGUUGAGCACCCAUCUCCCUCCCCACCAUGUUGGGGUGGGAUUUUGCUCACUGUAUUUGUGUACUGGGUACACAGCAUUAGCCCAGAUUGGCAUUGCCACACAGAGGGUUGAGUUCCAAUCCUGCCUGUGUUGUGCAGGUAAUUAAGCCCCACCACAACCCCACCCUUAAACUUGGCACUUCAUCACAUUCCAGGUUAAUUUAUUCAUCUGAAAUUCAGAAGCAUUUCUUCAGCAUAUUCCCCUCCCUGCCCCUGCCCCCAAAUCCCCGCAUUGUUUUGGGUAACACUAGCCAUGAUCUUGGGGGGUUUCCCAGUUUCCAGAAUAUUCUGAGCCACUCUGUGUUGUUAUGCCUGGCCCUUAUUGACAUCCCCUCUACUGCCUUGUCUGGAGCUGCCUUCAGCCUACGAUUCCCUGUUGGCAAAAUAUGGUACUGUGGGACCUUGGGGCAGCCACAGACACCAUAGGUUUCACUUUGGGCGCAUACAAGGUACUGAGAUAGUAUUAAAAUACUUGUCUCGUUUCUCCCGAAGACUUUUGGUCUAGCAGUCAACUACCUACUUUCCUCUUUGCUCCCUGUCUCUUUGCACCCUGUACAUUCCAGCUGUUCCUGGCUGUAAAUACUGCCAGUGGGAGCAGUGGCCACGCAGGACCCCGUCCGGUUGUGGUCGCUGCUCUCCCCUCCCUUCCCGUGCUAUGUAGCAUAGUGGGGGAAUGGCCCUGCCAGUCUCCCCUCUGCCAUAGAAGGGCCAUUUCUAGCUCAUUUUUUAAAAACCUUUUUUUUAAAAAAAAUCCAGUGUAAACCAAGUAGCUUUAAAGCAGCUGGGUGCUUUGUGUACAGAGCGGCUUGAGCCGCGGCAUAAUAAACAUAUAGCUUAUAAGGAAA